CCUAAAAGAGAGGUUAUAUCGAGUGAAGUAACCCUUUUAUUAUGUUUAUAACAUAAUCUGGCUGAAAACAUUUAAAAUGUUAAUUUAUAGGAGCCCUAAACAUAGUUAGAACAUAAUAUCAUGUCUAGGAUAUUGCAACUACAUAUAAGAUUAAGUAAACAUCCUUUUUGUGCUUACAAAAUCUUUCAAAAUAGGCUCUUGGAGAAGAAACCGGUCAUAGUUCUAGUCCCAGUUAGUUUUUACGUAAAUCAGUCGAGUAAAAAGUCUGCUUUUUCCAAUGCAAGUAUUAAUGAAAACCAAUUGCAAAAACCUAAGACCGAACCAGCAUGGAGUACUACACCUGCAACGAACAAAUCCAACAUUAUUCAGCAUUACUUGAAACUUUCAAAAAUAAGGCUCACAACUCUAGUUAUAGUGACAGCCAUGGCUGGUUACGCAAUGGCUCCAGCUCCAUUUGAAUGGACCACAUUCGCACUAUGUACAGUUGGUACUGGUCUACUUUCAAGUGCUGCCAAUGCUGUGAACCAGUAUCAUGAAGUUCCUUUUGAUGCACAAAUGGCCAGAACAAAACAAAGGGUUAUAGUUUGUGGAAAAUUAACGCCUUUACACUCAAUGGUUUUUGCUGCGACAGCAAGCUUAAGUGGAUUGGGAAUUUUGUACUAUGGCGUUAAUGGUGUUACUACUGCCUUAGGUUUGGCAAAUUUGUUGCUUUAUACCUCUGUAUAUACCCCUUUAAAACGUAUUAGCAUAUUGAACACAUGGGUUGGAUCACUCGUUGGUGCUAUCCCUCCACUUAUGGGCUGGGCAGCCUGUGCUGGCUCCCUUGACUUAGGUGCGUUUCUUAUGGGCGCACUUCUUUACAGUUGGCAAUUUCCCCAUUUUAACGCCCUCUCUUGGAACCUCCGUCCUGAUUAUUCCAGAGCAGGAUACAGAAUGAUGGCAGUUACAGAUCCAGCUUUAUGUAGGAGAGUAGCCUUAAGACAUACUGUAGCUAUACAAGUUUUUAGUAUGGCUGCACCACUGGUAGACGCCACAAACUGGUGGUUUGUGCUGGAAAGUACCCCACUUAAUUUGUACUUUAUUUAUUUAGCCUAUAAAUUUUACAAGGACUCCUCAAGUGCGACCUCGAGAAAGCUGUUUCGUUUCUCCUUAAUUCAUCUACCUCUUCUGAUGUUUCUCUUUUUAAUAAAUAAGAAAAAAUGGUUUGUAUUUGGAGAAACUGACGAAAAUAGUGAAAAUCAUAGUGACCAUAAAGAACCUAUUAUGUUUUUAGAAGAAUAAAUGUUUUUACAAAAUGCAA